UUUCUUCUCUUUGAUUCUCUCUCCUUCCAUCUCUUUCUUCCCUAUAAAACCCAACUUCAUUCUCCCCUUUCAUUCCCACCAUCAACCUAAACUAAACUUAUAAUCAACCAAAAAAAAAAAAACCAUCAAAGUUCAUGAGUUGUUUGCAUCAAGAGUGGCCCGAACCGAUCGUUCGAGUCCAAUCCUUGUUCGAAAGUGGAUUGGAUAGGAUUCCUGACCGCUAUGUCAAACCUGAAAAAGAGCGGCCAGUAAUAGAACCCGUGGUUGAGGAUGGAGUGGAUAUUCCGCUAAUAGACAUGUCAGACCUUUUCUCUAGUGAUCCGGAGAAAAUUCAGGCCACCAGAGAAAAAAUAGGCGAGGCCUGUCGUGUUUGGGGAUUUUUUCAAGCCAUCAACCAUGGGGUUCCGCCCGGACUGAUGGAUCAGGCGCGCCAAAGUUGGCGCGACUUUUUCCAUCAGCCUAUGGAGGAAAAACAAAAAUAUGCUAAUAACCCUACAACUUAUGAAGGGUAUGGUAGUAGACUUGGUGUUGAAAAAGAUGCUGUACUUGAUUGGAGUGAUUAUUAUUUCCUUCAUUAUUUGCCUUCCAAUUUAAAGGAUCAUAAAAAAUGGCCUGCUCAACCUUCAUAUCAUAGGGAGGUGGUCGAGCAAUAUUCUGGUGAAGUUGUGAAGUUAGGUCGGAGAUUAAUGAAGGUUUUCUCGUCUAAUCUCGGAUUAGACGAGAAUUAUCUUCAAAAUGCAUUUGGAGGGGAGGAUAAUGGAGCUUGUUUAAGAGUUAAUUUUUACCCAAAAUGCCCACAACCUGAUUUGACCCUUGGAUUGUCCUCUCAUUCGGAUCCGGGUGGCUUAACCAUUUUGCUCCCGGAUCCUGAUGUUCCGGGUCUUCAAGUCCGUAGGGAUAACAAAUGGAUAACUGUCAAACCUGCUAAGCAUGCCUUCAUCAUCAACAUUGGCGAUCAAAUUCAGGUGCUAAGCAAUGCUAUCUACAAAAGUGUGGAGCAUAGGGUGAUUGUAAACCCUAAUUUAGAAAGAGUUUCAUUGGCUUUCUUCUACAACCCAAGAGGUGAAUUAUUGAUUGAACCUGCCAAAGAUCUUAUAACUCCUCAAAAUCCUGCAAUGUAUCAACCUAUGACAUUCAACGAAUAUCGACUUUACAUUAGGUUAAAGGGUCCUCGUGGAAAAUCUCAAGUAGACUCUUUGGAAUCUUCUAGAUAAUGU